CAUAAGCACGCCUCACGCAGCUUCAGCAGCUCCCUUCUGCUUUCACUUCCUCUCCUUCACGUGUAUACCCUCCCACGCACGCAGCAUGUCGCCCACUGCGACCACCAACGGAGCCGGAGCCAGCGCCAGCGUUGAUGCUCUCCUCAAGGCCCCAGAUGCUUCGAGUGCAGCACAAGCAGCCGAGACCUUAGCCAGCCACGUCAACGAGCACGGUUUCCGCACCCUCGACAGCGAGAACAUUCUUGAGACUCUCUUGACCGCUACGCGCAGCAAGAAAUCUGCGACAGACCGCGAGAAUGCAGCUAUCGGAUUGGGAGCUCUAUUUGUCAAGGUGGGAGGCAAGAAUGCCCCCACCCCAUUGGGUGCCGAACCGUGGUUCCUCGGAUCUCUUACGCCUCUACUGGAGCUGUACGCUGACAAGGUUGACUCUGUCAAAAAGGCGGCUGAGAGCGCAGUCGGAAGUUUGCUCGUUCUGGCUCCUGCUGAAGCCACACCGGAGCUGCUUCAAAACCUCUAUGGCACGAUCGAGAGCAGCGCGAGCAAGUGGCAAUCCAAAGUCGGAGCAUUGAAGCGUAUCAGCAAGUUGGCAGACGCGUUCCCUGAGCAGAUCGGAGAGCAGCUGGAAGAGCUCAUUCCUCACCUUAAAAACGCCAUGAGCGACACCAAAGGCGAGGUCUCCAAGCAAGCCGUCAAGACUACCACAAAGGUCUGUGGAGUUAUCGACAACAACGACAUCAGACCCCACCUGGGAUCGCUCGUCGAGGCAAUGAGAGCGCCCGACACUGUGCCCGAGUGCAUCAAGCGCUUGUCCUCGACUACCUUCGUCGCUGAAGUCACUGGUCCCGCCCUUGCCAUUAUGGUCCCCUUGCUCGUCCGUGCCCUCAACGAGAAGAACUCGACAGUGCAGCGCAGUGCAAGCAUCAUCGUAGAGAACUUGACCAAGCUCGUCAGGGAACCGCACACAGCCGUUCGUUUCCUGCCGUCUCUCAAGCCCGGCGUGGAACGUAUUGCACAAGGCGCGGCCUUCCCCGAAGUUAGGCAGCUCGCUGGAAGUGCCCUUCGCACUCUGGACGAGGCUACCAAGGCUGUGGGUGAGGCCAAGGAGGAAGAAGACCCUACGAAGGCAUUUGCAGCUGCCAAGGAUGCUGCUGCUGGUCGAAUCAAUGUUGCUUUAGUCGGACACGUGCCGAGUGACCACGCAGAUGUAACUGCGGACUCGUGGGCUCAGACCGGUAUCCGCUAUCUCGCGGCUCUGAUUGCGCGCUUGUCGGACAAGCGCGUGGUUGCAUCAAGCGCCUGGAACGAAGCAUAUGUGCUGCCAUACUUGCGGCGCAUCACAGCAUCUCAAGAAUCCGCCCAGGCUGUCACUGAUACACUUCGAAUUCAAUACAUCAAGAUCGAUGAGGAGCGCUUUGGUGCGCCUGAAGAGGAUGACGAAGAGAUCUCGGGCGAAUGCCUGGUCAACAUCCAGUUCUCUCUAGCGUACGGCGGUCUGCUCUUGCUCAACCACACCAAGCUCAGACUCCACAGAGGUCACAGAUACGGUAUCGUGGCCACCAACGGUAGCGGUAAGAGUACCCUGCUAAAAGCUAUGCGGGACGGCAAGGUGGAGAACUUCCCUACCGAAGCUGAUGGGGUCCGAACCGUCAUGGUGGAGCACAAUCAGGGCGAUGGUGCCGGCGAGAAGAUUGUGGACUAUGUUCAUUCCGACCCUGGAGUCCAGAAAGCCGGAAAGAGCAAGGACGACACACACAAGGCCCUUGCUGACGUCGGUUUCGAUGAGGAGAGGAGGAACAACGGUGUCGAGUCGCUGUCUGGUGGAUGGAAGAUGAAGUUGGCACUGGCUAGAGCUAUGCUGACGGGAGCUGACAUCCUCUUGCUCGACGAGCCCACCAAUCACCUUGACGUCGCUUCCGUCAAGUGGCUGCAGGACUAUCUCGUCUCCAACACCAAUGUCACUGUGCUCACCGUCAGUCACGAUUCCGGCUUCUUGGACAGCGUCUGCACCGACAUUAUGCACUACGAGAACAAGAAGAUCAAAUAUUACAAGGGCAACCUGAGCGAUUUCGUCGGCAAGAAGCCCGAGGCGAAGUCUUACUAUUCGCUUGCUGCUACCAGCAUCAAGUUCUCCUUUCCACCUACUGGGGCCCUUGCCGGUGUGCGAUCCAACACGCGUACCAUUCUCAAGGUGCAGGAUGCCACCUUCACCUACCCUGGUGCUGCAAAGCCGAGCUUGAGCAACGCUAACAUUGCCGUCAGUCUUUCGAGCCGCAUUGGUGUUCUCGGACCCAACGGAGCUGGAAAAUCGACCCUCAUCAAGCUGAUGACUCAGGAGAACCUUCCAGACAGUGGUACGGUCACUUCGCACCCUUCUCUGCGUGUGUCCAUGGUCGCUCAGCACGCCUUCCACCACAUCGAGCAUCACCUCGAGAAGACGGCCGUCGAGUACAUCAUGUGGCGUUUCGAUGGAGGAAUGGACAAGGAGAUUCUCGAGCUCGCUACCCGCCGCAUCAGCGACGAGGAGCGCGAACAGUUGGAGAAGCCCAUCGUCAGCAAGGAAGGCGUCAGCCGCAUCGUGGAGCGAAUCGUCGGUCGCCAGAAGCAGAGACGUACCUUCAACUACGAGAUCAAAUGGAGAGGUCUGCAACACAAGGACAACUCCUGGGUCUCUAGAGACAGGUUGACCGAGCUUGGUUUCGGAAAGCUCGUGCAACGGUUCGAUGAUGAGGUCGCUGCCAGGGAAGGUGCUGGUAGCAAGGACCUCAACUCUGUUGCGGUCAGGAAGCUGCUCGAGGACGUUGGUCUCAACCCGGCCAUCGCUGAGCACAACGAGAUGCGCGGUCUGUCCGGAGGUCAAAAGGUCAAAGUUGUGCUCGCCGCAAGUCUGUGGAACAAUCCCAACAUUCUGAUCCUCGACGAGCCCACCAAUUUCUUGGACAGAGAAGCGCUCGGAGGUCUGUCCGUCGCUAUCCGAGAGUGGUCCGGCGCGGUAGUCAUCAUCUCUCACAACAUGCAAUUCGUCGAUGCACUCUGCAACGAAAUCGUCACUGUCGAAGGUGGAAAGAUCGUCUCGCACACCAAGAGAGGAAUCUCGGUGGAUGCGUUCGCCGACGAGGAUGCUGGUGACGACGCUUCGACGCCAGGUGGGGCCACACCUGUCGGAAAUGGCACUCAGACACCCAAGGGAUCGAGCCGUGCCGCUUCUCGGUUGAACAGCAAGGCGGGCACUCCGGCCAGCUCUGCAGCUGCUACGCCUGCGGGAUCAGGCGACGAAGGUGCCGGCGGUAACGAUCUCGGCUUCAAGGAGAAGAAGAAGAAGACCAAGUUGACGAGAGCUGAGCAGAAGGCUCAGGCCGAGAGGAGGAAAAAGAGACUGAACGACUGGCUCAUUUACGGCGGUGCUCGAGAACCCGACACGGACGAUGAGAAGGACGACGUCAAGGGUGACCUCAAGAAAGCCGCCGACCGCGCCAUGGUCAAGGGCAAGAAGUAGACCACUGAAUCCACCGGCUCGUCUAUAUCACCCGUAGC